GGGAUCUACAUUCCACCUGAUAUUGUGUUUCAUAUACGAUCUUUCCUAAAUAAUUUUCAGUACAAAUUUCAAAUUUUGACUUUCCAAAUUGGUCGCCAAAUCUUUCCAUCACGUUUUCUAUUCAAUUCCAUGGGUGAGAAUUGAAGUGCAUAAAACCGAGUCUUUUAGUAUUGAGGAAAUGUGUAAUAGUAGUGCCAUGCAGGGAGUUUUGGAAUUGGACAUGAAUAAUUAUGACCUUUCACCAGAAGAUUUACAACACGUUUUAUCUUGCAAAAAUUUUACCAGUUUGGAAAUAUUGGAAUUGAAGGGGAAAUCGAUUGAUUUUGACACUUUCAGAAAUCUUUUACCAAAAGCGUCAUUCCUAUCUAGCUUGAAUGUGUUCACUUUACCUAGUAUUAAGGGAGGAAGUUGUCAGGAACAAGUCGAUUUAUUUGUAGAAAUUGCAGAUACUCACAGUCCCCUAUUCUUUCGAAAAGCAGGGAAUAUCAUGUACGCUAACAAAAUGAAUUCUAAAGGAUUUGAUCUUUAUUUAAAAGCUGCUGAGCUAGGACAUUCGUUAUCACAAUACUCAAUUGGAAGAGAAUUUGAAUUUCGAAAAGAUUACAAUGAAGCAUUCAAGUGGUUCUCAAAGGCAUCUCAACAAGGAAUUGUGAAAUCUCAAUGUAAACUUGGAAGUUUCUAUGCCAAAGGGAAGGGAACUGAAAAGAAUGUUAGAAAGGCAUUUGAGUGGACUAUUAAAGCUGCAAAGAAAGGACAUGUCAGAGCUCAGUACAACCUUUCAAUCUUAUUCCGUGUCGAACCAGGUUAUGAAGAUAAGGAAAUGAAAAUAUUUUGGCUUGAAAAAGCAGCUCAGCAAGAUCAUCCACGAGCCAUUAAUGAUUUAGGGGUCAGUCUUACGUGCGGAGAUGAGUUUGAAGACUUAGAAAGAGCUCUUGAAUUAUUCAAAAGAGCAGAGUCAUUGGGUGUGAAAGUUGCAUCAGUUAACAAGCUCAAUCUCCUAGAAGAAAUGGAAGAUAGAUACGAUAGUAGUGAUGAAUGAAUUCAAUAGCUUGUUUUGAUGAGCUGCAACGUUGUUAAAUAAUCAUAUUUGGUUGAGAAAAUAUAAAUAUAUAAUUUUUGAAAAAAUUCAGACUUCUUGGAAUAAGGUUUAUUUUGAAGUAACUUUGAUGUUGCAUUCAACCAUUCAUCCAAAGCAACGUUUGCUGUAUUACGGAGAAAUCGUCGUAAGAAGAGAGAGAAAGUUGUAGUAAAGCAUGUGAAUAGUAUAUUGAUGGUUGGUGAACACUAUAGUUGUGGAGAUUUUUGUAUAUACCAUCAAUCUUAUGUAUUAAGUAUUGAGGAAGAAUCUCUGAGCUUAUUCAGUUUUGUUUCAAUAAUAAUAAUUGACAAUUCCUCAAUAUAUUCAAAAGCGCUGAAAAUCAUCCAUUUACCAAUAGCUUGUUCAAAAAUUAAUAAAUGCCAAUACUAUCGUAUUUUCAAUC